AUGGAGUUGUGUGAGGUUUGUCAGCAGAAUGAGUGGAAAUACAAGUGUCCAAGAUGUUUAAAGCGGACCUGUUCUGUAGUAUGCUCAAAGAAGCACAAAGAGGCUGAUAGCUGCAGCGGUAUCAGCAGCGUAACGGAAUAUAUUUCAAGCGAGAGUUUGAAAGGUGCAGAUACGGAAGAAGAAAUGAACCACUUAGUUCAACGUGAUUAUAAUUUUUUGAUUGGAAUGAAUCGGAAGCUAUCUAUUCUGAAGGAGGACGGUAAGAACAAGAAUAAACGAGCAUUGCAAAAGGUGCCUGCUGCAGCGGCACAGACACAGGCUGGGAACACAUAUCAGGUUACGAAACCACAUAAAGUACUAAGACGGGGGGUGAAGUGCCUUUUGCUUCCGAAAGGGAUGCAAAGAUCGCUUUCUAACAAGAGUAAAUGGGAUAAGCCAUUGGAUACAUUUGUUUGGUCACUAGAAUGGAUAUUGGUGGAUACCAGGGAAAAUGUUGGCGCAAACAAUAUAUCCUGGAAGCACCUAUCGCAUAGAAAUAAGGAGGAAUCCAAGUUGGUCGAAUGCUUAGGAAAACAGGUAUAUGAUAAAUGCAAAGAAUUUUAUUGUAAAGAAACAACAGUGACUGACCAGGAGGCAGCCACAACAAAAGAUGAUAGAUCGAACCAUAUACUUAAUAUGGGACUUAGAUUUUUUACCAAAUGGUUUCCAAACAAUGUAGAAUCAAUCAUGGAUACUAAAGAGGUUAUAGAGAUUGAUCCUAGACAAUGUGUUGGGGAAAUAUUUAAAGAUCGAACUGUCAUUGAAUUUCCAACAAUAUAUAUCGCACCAAAUUUGGAAUCACUCACUAAAUUAGAACUUAACCUACAUGUGGAAGGGCAAGAGAAGAGUUUACCUGUGAUGAGCAGGUAUAAUAAUUCUACGAAACCCGCAUCAGAUAACCGUGUACCGGCGUUACACUCAAAAUCAGAAUCAAGCUCAGAAUCGGAUCCCAGCUCUAGCUCUAGCUCAAGCUCAGAUUCCAGCUCCAGUUCUGAUUCUGACUCUGAUUCUGAUUCCUCCACCCCAGAAGAAAAUUCUACAGCUAAUCCAGCAGGUACUGCUCAUGAUUCUAACUCUGAUUCGGAUAGCAGUUCGGAGAAAGAGGAUGAAGACGGUUAUGAAGUUGGCGUUUCCCUCGAUUUCUUAGCAUCUUAA